UUUGUUGUAACUUGCUGAUAGUAUUUUAAGUUUCUGAUUGAACCCUGAUUCUAAUUCUGGUGUUGAAAUGAAUUCCGUAGAAAAAUACCAAAUCCAUCAUCAUGAACACCAACAGUAAAUUACUCUAAUUAAUCUCAACCUGAAUUAAUCACUUACCUCUCUCAUCUUAAUCCUAAUCCAUUGUUGAUAUUUUUGUUUCUCACUUGAUUUCCUAAUCCUUUUUUACAAUCAACAAUUGUGUUCCAACAAUUAAAUGGACUUAACAAAAAUAAUUCUGAUAACAAUGAACUCUAAUAAUUGUCUCUCUUGGAUUAGCUGAUGUUAAUUGUGCUUCUUAAUUAAUCUUGGACAUUUGCUCAGCAUCCUCAUCAAGUGAUCAACUAAUUCUAAACAAUUAAUAUUCAACAUUGUCCAACAAUCAACAAUAUCAACGAAAAUUGUUAAUCACCUUACCCAAAGUUGCUGUUAAUUAAAUUGUUAAUUCGUGAUAAUAUUUAAUCAUAGAUUGGAGAGAUAAACAAACAAUUGUCAACACCCGAUUUGUGAACGUUAAUCAAUCAAUCGAAAUCAACACAAUCAACAAAUAAUUUAAAACUUUUCUUUCUUACAAUUAAUUGUUAAUCAGAUAAUUAAGGUGUAAUUAGAUUAUUAAUUGUUACCUUAACGUUGUUGAUCAUUGAUCAAGUUUCAUUUUCCCUCAAUUAUUGGCCUUUAAUUCAAUUUCUUUGGUGGAUUUUUCAUUCAAUUCUCUUGAUUAAUUCUGGUGGAUUAACUCAUUUGGAUUCAAUUGAGUUUGAUUAACAAUAACAAUAACUAUUAUGAGGAGAUCACAAAUGAUCAUUACCAAAACCAUUGGAUUAACUAUUGUUAUUAAUCAAUCAACUACUCUAAUCCAACAACAACAACAAGGCGAUUCUAUAAGAUCAACAAGUCCUUGAUUAACAUUUUUCGCAAAUCACAAUCAAUCUUGAUAGAUUCAAGCGUGACACCUACAAGUUUCAUCCACAAUUAACAGUCAACAAUCAACUGAUCAUAUUCGCAAUCAUAAUCUAAUCGAAAAUUAAGUUUUACCUUCGUUUUCUUCAUCUUUCUAUCUCUCUCCUUAAUCUUGUCCUCUAUCGACUUUUCAUCUCAUCGAAAAACGGAUAACGUUCAAUCUGACGAUUUAUCCUCAUAAUCUCAUAUAAUAUAAUCACAACAAUUAAUCAUCAAUAAUUAACCUUAACUUUGACCUAAAUUCAUUGAUCGAAUCCGCAGAAGACAAAAAAAAGUUAUCACUUCUAUUUAGAAAUCAUAAUUAACCAGUUUGAUUGUUGUGAAUACUUUUUUCUGUUGUUUCUGUUGUUUAAUUGCUUACAAUUAAUUUUGAUUAGAGCUGAAAAAAAAACUUCUCUUCAAUUUAUAUUAAUUCACAGUUAAAUCAUCAUCAUCAUAAAUCAUCAUCAAAGUUGAUCAACGAAAAUUAUCAACAAUCAAAACCGCCGAGAACCUUUUUUUUGUGAUUCACCGUAAACUUAAGGCACGACGACGAUACCCAAAAGUCCAAACGGUUCACCCGUUACCAGGUCAUCACAAGUGACCCCGUGUGACGUAACGGGAAAGUGUGAACCCAUAGGAAAUCGUUACCGUGAUUGUUGUAACGGUUUAAAUAACCAAUCAGCUGAUCCUGAUAAUCAACCAUCUAAACAGGUAACCAACAUUCAGCAUCACGGAUUAUCAUCAGGAUCAUCAACAAUCAAACCGAUUGAUUUGAGUGGUAAAAAGUUAUCACCACCGUCAACAAAUAACAUCAUGUGUCCACCUCAAGUGACCACCGUUGAUGAAAACAAUCAUGUGGCCGUUGUCUGGCGAAACCUUACCGUUUAUAAACCAAUGGAUCUACUUGACGGUUUCCUGGUUAAAUCCAUGUCCCAUAAAUGUCGUAAGGCCAUUUUACGAAACAUUUCAGGUGUCUUUCGAUUCCAUGAUCUAUCCGCUAUCAUGGGACCUUCGGGUGCUGGUAAAACAACAUUGUUACAAUGCUUAUUUGGUACAUGGUCAGGUCGUUAUAAGGGUAAAAUCUAUCGUAAUCCAUUAGCAAAUAAGGCCUCAUUUAUAACCCAAAAAGAGGAAGAUCACUUGUUCCCUUGUUUAUCGGUUAUUGAAUCCAUUUUUUAUGCUUCCCGUUUAAAGGGUGCUCAAAAUGAGUCCAAGGUUGUUGAAGAGCUUAUUGAUCAACUUGACCUUCGUAAUUGUCGCCAUACUUUGGUACACUCAUGUUCGGGUGGUCAACGUAAACGUUUGGUUAUCGCUCAAGAAUUGGCCUCAGAGGUUAAACCUAAAAUUUUAUUCAUCGAUGAGCCAACAUCAGGUUUAGAUUCAAACGUUUCUUUUACCGUAUUAACUCAAUUGCAAAAACUUUGCAUGGCCCAUGGAAUGGCCAUAAUUGCGACAAUUCAUCAACCCUCAUACAAGAUUCUUAAACUGUUUGAUCAACUUUACGUUCUUUCACGAGCAGGUAAAUGUCUUUACCAAGGUAGACCGGAAGUACUUCGCUCAUAUUUAUCUCAAUUCCAGGUUAAUUGUCCAAAUGGACAUAAUCCAGCGGAUGUUAUCAUUGAUGCCGCUGCGAUAAAUACAGUUUGCCUUUUGGACGAAGAAGAACCAACCGAUUGCUUUAGUCGAAGCCAUCGAUCAUCUCGAUCAUCAUCUAAAUCCUCAUCAGCAGUCGCCAAGUCACAAGUCAAUAAAACGACAACCAAUUUAUCAUCAAAUUCCCUGUCACCUUUACCCCUUUCACCCUCACAUUUUACAACAACAACAAAUAAUUGUCUCAAUAACUGUAAUCACACCAACAAUCAUAAUAAUUGUCUUCAUCUUUCACCACCACCAACAUCCUUCUCAUCUCAUCCAAUUUCAUACUCAUCCUCAUCACCACCAAAUGGACCUGCAAGUCAACAACAACAACGUAAAAAUCACCAACAACAACAACCCAAAGAGUCAACGACAAUUUCAAUAGUAACACCAUUAGAUGAGAAAGAAUUAUUAAAAGUUCGAUUAUUAGAAGAAUCUUCUGCCAAGUUGAUUGAAUUCGAAAUGGAUUCAAUUGAUACCAGUUCAAUGUCUGAAGUUGAAGAAAUGAGAGAAAAUCGGAAUCACCUUAGCCUUCGCCAUAUGAUGUAUCUACUUCGACGUUCAUUUCUCCAUGGUACUUGUCGUGAACCUUUAUGGUUAUUUAUUCGUGUUGGUUUACAUGUAUUCGUUGCCCUUUUACUUUCAAUGCUUUACGAUGGUAAUAUUGGUGUAGAUGAUGGUUGCCUAAGGGUAAAUUCAGCUGGAUACUAUUAUCGACCCAAUUGUACGGAGCAAGUUCCACUUUCCCGUCUUCGUGAGGAAUCAAAUAUCGAUAGGAACAUAUCUUACCUAUUUUUCAAUCUACUUUUCCUCAUGUUUGCCGCUCUCAUGCCAACGGUGUUAACCUUUCCCUCUGAGAUAAAAAUCUUUAUGAAUGAACAUCGUAACGGAUGGUAUUCAACCGCCUCCUAUUAUAUGGCCAAAACAUUAACAGAAUUCUGGAUUCAGUUAAUCCUUCCCUACCUCUAUUCCCUAUUCACUUAUUAUACAACCCAACAGAUUGGCCUGAAUUCAUGGGUAGACGCGAUCCCCUUUGCCACCAAGUCAUCAAGAUUUAAUAACUUUGUCUCAAUAUCAAUUCUUGCCUCUUAUAUAGCCACCACCAAUUUUAACAUCUCCAUUUUCGUGGCCACCGUUAUAAUGUUAUUCAAUUUUCUUUUCUCUGGUUUCUUUGUACGAUCCAAUUCAAUGGGUCGAGCACAAUUUAUAACUUACCUUUCCUUUAUACGAUUCGCUUUUGAGGCCAUUCUAUUAACCAUUUAUGGACAGAAAAGAUGCCACUCCGAUGAGAAUGGUGUCCGUCUAAGUGAUUCUGGUUCGUCUUUUGCAUCAAACGAUCAAAGUGAUUCUGAGUAUAAUAAUGUGAUCUCCGUAGUGAUGUUCAAAUUUGAGCUCAAUGAUAAAGAUUAUUCAACCCAUUUUACCGCUCUAACAUUUCACCUUAUCCUUUGGAGGUUGGUGACAUUUUUCAUCCUUUACUGUAAAGUUAAUCCGGAGAUUAAUUUCCGUUUCCCUAAUUUAUCCUGUUUAUCACCAAGGAAAAUUUUCUCAGCCAAAUGCUGUCUCUAUUUUUCAACCCUUGUAAUAAUUAUAUCUUUAGCUUUUAUCAUUUUUUCCGUCUAUUAUUUAAUCACUGAGUGAUUAAUACAAUCUAAAUUUAAAUCGUAAUCUCGUAAACAAAAUCAACACCAUAAUCUAUAAACACACACACACAAUACAAUUAAUUACACCAGGAUGAUGAUGAUGAUGACCACCACCUCCACCACCACGAUGACCACCACCUCCAUCAAUCUUUGCCCCACUUCCUCCUCCCAAUUGCAGCAUUUACAAUGGAUCCAAAUUUCCCGCGAAAAACUUUUAAUCAAUUAUAUGAGAAACUAAAAAAAAAACCAAUCGACAACAAUUAACAAUUUAAUUAUAUCAAUUGUAAGCAUAAUUAUAAUUUCAAAUUAAUUUGAUUUAAAUGAAAUACACACAAAAAAAUACAUACAUUGUAAUAAUAAUAAUGAGAUAAUAAUUAUAUUGUUUCAAUUGAUUGUUAA